GUGGCGACCUCGAAAACUACUUAUGAUGGCACUGACGAAUUUAAAGUUGUCGGCAUGGUCUUGCCCAUCGCUGCAGCGAUCGUCACGUCAUUCCGUUUGUUCGUGCGGACGCGACAACGCCGCCUCUGGCUAGACGAUGCAUGGGCAGCCCUUGCCAUGAUAUUCAAUAUUGGUUUUUUGAUAGUACUCUGGUUGUAUUUGCACAACUACGGUGAUAGCGAUGGCCUUAGGUCGUCCAGGAUCUCAAUUUUAUUCACGGUCGUGCGACUGACAUUUCCCGGAUCGCUAAGAAGAUGGCUAGUACGCACCGCCGUUGCAUUUAUAGUUACAUGGAUGAUCCUUUUCGCGCAAAUCUUUUGGGUCUGUGAAGCAGAAAGUGGUUGGAAAACGCGAUCACGUCUUCAGUGUGAUCUAGGUAGGGACGUUGCCAUUGCACUGAUAAUUACCGAUGUGCUCAGUGACACAAUCCUAAUACUAGCACCGAUCCGUCUGAUUUACAGAGUCAGACUCACAAAGGCUGAAAAAAUCCGACUUCUGUCUAUUUUUUCGACGUCUAGUGCAACCACCAUAGUCAGCCUAGCCCACGCAUAUUACGUGCUUUCUGAUGGUGGGCUGAAAGAAGUGAUAGCUGCUGCGGUUGAGGUAUCAGUUAGCUUGAUUGUGGCGAACUUGAACGUAGUUGUCGCUUUCCUCUUCCAUAUCAGCACCGAAGAACAAGCAACCCCUGCUCCACUGGAGCUUUCGUCUAUAAUCACCAUCGGCUCACAGUCAACUCGGAAAAGAGUACAGUGCGAUCCUCUCUCACUGUCAACGAUGGAGGCUGCGAUUGAGAUCCAGACGAUAAAACUGGAUGAUUUCAAUGUGUCUCCCGAGCAGGCGGCGGGAAGAGAUGAUAAACAUACCGAAGUUGCAUCCCUUGAAACGCUGGUUGAACCAGGCCUAUUCUACGUCGCUUGAUGUGUUUGAUACACCUUCACCUGUGCCCUUAUGGUACUUGUCAUUCUCUUUUCCGUUAAUGCUUGAACGAUAUUCCCGUCCCAAGUGACCACACCCUCCAGUUACAUAGGCU